AUGAGGGGAACACACGUCAAUGUUAGGGGCCUGAGGAACACCACACACAUCCAUGUUAGGGUAUGAGCGGAACACACGUCCAUGUUAGGGGCCUGAGGAAACACACGUCCAUGUUAGGGCAUGAGGAAAUACACGUCCAUGUUAGGGCUGAGGCACCAACACACACCAUCCAUGGUGGACUUGAGGAAACACACGGUCCAUGUUAGGACUGAGGAACACACACACAUCAUGUUAGGGCCUGAGGAACACACGUCCAUGUUAGGGCCUGAGGAACACACGUCCAUGUUAGGGCCUGAGGAACACACGUCCAUGUUAGGGCCUGAGGAACACACGGUCCAUGUUAGGGCCUGA